AUGCCGCAGCCUCUGAAUUCGAAAGAGGCUUCCCUCUUUCGAGCCGUCAUCCGCGCCUAUGAGGAUAAGCAGUACAAGCGCGGCCUCAAGUCCGCUGAUUUGAUCCUCAAGAAGAACCCCAAGCAUGGAGACACAAUGGCCAUGAAGGCCCUGAUCAUGAAUGCGCAGGGUAAGACUGAGGAGGCUUUCGCUUUGGGCAAGGAGGCCCUUACGGUCGACAUGAAGUCGCACAUCUGCUGGCACGUCUACGGCCUGCUGUACCGCGCCAACAAGAACUUCGAGGAGGCUAUCAAGGCCUACAAGUUCGCUCUCAAGCUCGAGCCCGAGUCGACCCAGAUCCAGCGCGAUCUGGCUAUCCUCCAGGUGCAGAUGCGCGAUUAUGCCGGUUACAUUCAGAGCCGCACAGCAAUGCUUCAGGCGCGUCCCCAGCUGCGCCAGAGCUGGACUGCCCUGGCCAUCGCUCACCACCUCGCAGGUGACCUAGCCGCGGCCGAGAACGUCCUCACCACCUACGAGGGAACCCUGAAGGCCACGCCCUCCCGCACCGACUACGAGAACUCUGAGGCCGUCAUGUACAAGAACACAAUUAUCGCCGAGCAGGGUGACUACCAAAGAGCUCUGGACCACCUCGAGUCCGCAGCCAAGACCAACCUCGACAGAUUGGAGUACCUGGAAUUGCGUGCCAAGUACCUGGUGAAGCUGAGCAAGAAGGAGCAGGCCGUUGCCGCCUGGGAGGCUCUUAUUGAGCGCAACCCCGACCGUCCUGCCUACUUUGAGGGCUUGGAGAGCGCCCACGGCUUCUCUCACAGCGACAACGACACCAAGAAGCAGAUCUAUGAGACAUACGCCAAGAAGUUCCCUCGCUCAGAUGCCCCUCGCCGUCUGCCCCUGAACUUCCUGUCUGGCGAUGACUUCAGCGCUGCCGCCAAGGAGUACCUGACUUUGAUGUUCAACAAGGGCGUCCCUUCCACCUUCGCCAACCUCAAGCACCUCUACUCCGAUUCGUCCAAGAAGCAGGCGCUGGAGGCUCUCGCAAAGGAGUAUGUCAAGUCACAGAGCUCCAGCUCGGAAUCCGCCAACGGAGACCGCUCCAAGGGCGAGGCCGCCGCCCUCUACUUCCUGGCCCAGCACUACAACUACCACCUCAGCCGCGAUCUUGAACAGGCCCACAAAUACAUCGACCAGGCCAUCGAGAAGGUCAAGGACAGUGUCGACUUCCACAUGACCAAGGCCAGGAUAUACAAGCACCAGGGCAACCUCCAGAAGGCUUCCGAGACUAUGGACCAUGCCCGAUCUCUGGACACCAAGGACCGUUACAUUAACACGAAGGCCGCCAAGUACCAGCUACGCAACAACGAGAGCGAGAAGGCGCUGAAGACCAUGAGCUUGUUCACCAGAGCCGACACCGUCGGAGGCCCCUUGGCGGAUCUUCUGGAUAUGCAGUGCAUCUGGUACCUGACCGAGGAUGGUGAGGCAUCUGCCCGCCAAGGCGACGAUGCCCUGGCUCUUAAGCGUUUCCACACCAUUCACAAUAUUUUCGAUGUCUGGCAAGAAGACCAGUUCGACUUCCACAGCUUCUCUCUGAGAAAGGGUCAGAUCCGUGCCUACGUUGAUAUGGUCCGAUGGGAGGACCACUUGCGCGACCACCCCUUCUACUCAAGAGCUGCUCUUGAUGCUGUCGCCCUCUACCUCAAGCGGGCCGACCGCCCCUCGGCGAACGGUGUCAACGGUGAUGCCAACGGCGACGACGCUUCAGAGAGGAAGAAGGCUGCCAAGAAGGCUAAGAAGGAGCAGCAGCGUCUUGAGCGUGAGGCUGCUGAGCGCGCAUCCAAGCAAGACCCUAACAAGGGCAAGGCUACCGAGGAGCCCAAGAAGAAGGAUGACGAUCCUCUCGGCCUGAAGCUCUUGGACGCCGAGCCUUUGGCCGCCGCCAUGCGCUUUGUCACUCCUCUUCUGCAAUACAGCCCCAAGAACAUCCAGGCCCAGUUCGCCGGUUUCGACGUUUACCUGCGCCGGAAAAAGUAUGUUCUUGCCCUCCGCUCUCUUAACGCUGCUCGUGCCCUCGACGAGUCCCACCCCGGCGUUCACGAGCGCGUCGUCGAGUUCGCCCACGUUGUCCGACCGGCUCUUGAGAGCCUGCCGGCCAAGGUUCAGGAGGUGAUCAAGUCGGAGUUCACCCCCCCUGCUGGCGACCUGAAGAAGUACAACGAGGACUUCCUGGCCAAGAACAAGUCCAGCCCGCCCCACAUCGUCGCCGCCCUCAAGACCCGAAGAGUACUUGGCGAUGACCGCUCCAAGGCCGAGAGCGAUCUGGCCAACGUGGUCAAGGCUCCUGAUGCAACCUUUGAGCUUGCCAGCGAGGUGUACGACGUGCUCAAGGCAUGGAGAAGCAGCGAGGCGGAGACCCUCAAGAAGGCGGCCCACGAGCGGUGGCCCGAAGUGACCAUCUUCGCCUAG